AUGGAGCCGCCGGACGAUUAUGCUCCGUCUGGCGUCGCGAUGCCGGUGUGCGUGUACACGGCCAGCGCACGCCCUGUUGGCGGCGAGCCUUGUGCCCUCGAGGUGACCUCGUCCAAGCAAAUCACCGCGACCGCCAAGGCCGGAUCGUCGAGUCUCCGGGUGGACCAUGCGCUGCAAGCGCCGACGGCCGACGACCUUGUGCGCCAGUCGAUGCAGCCGCUUCUGCAAGCCGUCGUCGACGGCGUCCACGGGUGCAUUCUCUGUGGCGGCAGCGCGCUCUCGCCGCACGUGGCUGUGUUCCAAGGCGACGAGACGACCCACGGGCUUGUGGCGGCCGUGCUAUCGACGCUCAUCGCACUCCUCAGUGCAAGGACGUCGACAACGUACUUUCUUCGGGUUUCGUUUGUCGAGAUUUAUGAAGAGACGGCGAUGGACUUGCUAUCGCCCAAGCCCGUGGUCAUACCGCACAUCGACCACGCGACGCGAGUCGGCCCGAUCAACUCUGUCGCAGCGCUCUCGAGCGUCCUUGCCCAAGCGCGGAUGCGGCGCCAUGCCGGCGCAACCGCACACGGUACACCAGCCAUCGACUUUGCCGCGGCCAUUUUUCGAGUGCAUAUCAAGCAAGUCGAAACUACUGGUAGUCGCAAAGCCACCUACUCGCGCUUGGAUGUCAUCAACUUGCCCGCGCUCAACCAUCUCAACGAGUCGAUGCGCUUGGCCGAGAGUCCGCUUCUCACCAAGUCACUCGUUGCAUUCGAAAGCCUCUUGCGGGCUCUCUCGACUCCGCCGACCACGUUGUUCCCGCCCUACGAUGUUUCGCUUUUGACCGACCACUUGCGGCAGGCGCUCGGCGGCGACUGCUCCACGAUGGCGUGUAUCGGGCUUGUCCCCAAUGACUUUGACGGCACCAAAGCCAGCUUGCUGAUCGCGUCGCUGCUGCAGCAAGUGCACAACUUCCCCAUCGUUCACAACGACUUGGUCGACGGGUUGCAACGCCGGUACGAGCGCGAGACGCAGUCGCUCAAGGGCGAACUGGCCUUUGCCAAGACCCGUUCGAACGCGAACAACAACAAUAGCGACGAAUCGAGCGACCUUGUGUCGCUGCUGCAAACGACGCACGAGCUUGAAGGCCGCUGCAUUCGAGAAAACCUCGAGAAAAUCAAGCUCCGAGAGCACGUCGAGUCGCUGCAAAAAGCGCUUGCCGAGUAUCGAACCAAGUACCAAUCACUUGUGGAGGGCGAUGUGAGCGUGCGCCAGCAACUGCUCGAGAGCGAGCGAGAGAAGUUGCGUCUGAGCAAAGCACUCGUCGACCUCCAGCUGGCCCACGCGUCGAGCCAAGAAGACAUUGAGAAGAACUCGUUUGCGCUCACAACCAAGCUCCUCAACGCCGAGAACGACGUGCUCGAACUCCAAAUGCGCGAGGAGGAGCACGCCGCGCACUUGAAGCGCGCGCAGGACGCGGCGAGUGCGGCGAUGAGCGAGAAGCGAGAGCUCGCGAUCGAGUUUGUGGCGCUCAAGACCAACUUUGUCGCACUCCGCAGUGCCUACGAGAAGGAAGUCGCUACGCACCAGCAAGUCGGACUCGAACUCUUGACGCUCGUCAACCAAAAGAAGACGCUGCUGGGGCAAAUGGUGGACCUCGAACGUGGAAAGAAGGACGCGUUAGAGCUGCGUGCCAAGGACCAAGUGGCACUGGAUACGCUGGCCAAGCAGACGAGCGAGCUCCACGAGCACCUCGCCGCCGAGAAACAGAGAACGGAGAGCCUCACCAAGACCAGUGUGGAGCUCGAACUGCAAGUCAAGGCGCUGCGUCUCGAGGCCGACGCGCGGCAGCUGCAGUACGAAAAGGCAGCGCAAGAAGCGCUCCAGGAGCGUGCGAGCAUUGCUCGACAGCUGCAGCAGCAAGCUCAGGACCAAGCGACCGCCGCCCAGGCUCGCAUCGAGGCGCUGCAAGACCAAGUCAAGACGCUCACAUCGACCACGCGUCAAAUGGCGCGCCAGAUCCUCAAUCUGGAGACGGUCGUGACCAGAAAGGCGAGCGAGAUCGAGGCGCUGACGCAAACCAUCACUCGCCAAGCGAUGGACCUCGAAGCUACCGAGCGCGACUACCGCGCCAAGCUCGAGCAGCUCUUGCGGGCGGCGUCGGGCGCGGCGCCUGCUGCGGGUGACGACGUCAUCGCCAAAGAACUCGUCGACUCGUUUCGGAAAAAGGAGGCGGACCUUUUCGCACUGCUUCGCGAGACGCGCUUGGACGCGACGCAGUGGCAGCGCCGCACAUACCAGCUUCAUGACGUGGCACUCCGUCUGCGCCGAAUUCUCCACGACCACGAUGUGCAAGCGGAUGACGUGCCCAAGGACAUGGAGGCGUGGGCAUCCGAGUCUGCGGCCCGUCACGCCGACAGCGAGGCAGCGGCGGAGCUCUGGCGCACCAAGUUCGAGGCCACGCAACACGAUUUGCACCUCCAGCUCGAAAAGAAUUUAUCGAUUGUCGAGAGCUACAAAGGCAUGUUGGCCGAGAAGAGCUCAGAGCUCACGCGCUUGAACGCCGAGUGCGCGAGUAUCAAAGCAGACCGCGACCGACUACUGGCACAAUGGGAGCGGUCCAGCGCCACGCCAACGCCCGAGGUGGGAAACGACAGCGCGGCGCAAGUGCGGCAGAUGCAGGAGACGCUGCUCGCACAGAUUGCCGAGCUGCGACAGCUGCACGCCGCCAAGCAGACGGAUGCGGUCGAGCUCAGCGCGGAGCUUCGGGCGCUGCAAAAAGAGAAUCAAAAGCUCAAAAAGCUGCACAAAGUACCGUCGGCCAACAUGGCCCAUGUGGAAGAGACCGAGCGUCGCUGUGCCGAGCUGCUCACGCGCAACAUCAUGCUCACGGAGGAGGUCGCUAGCUUCAAGCAGCUGCUCAAGGCGACGGCGACCAAGUACCAGCGCCGGCUCGCCGAGCUGCAGGAAACGCGCCAAGACAGAGUGUAG